GUUCGGCUUGUCAUAACAAACCAGUAUUUUUAUCGGGAGUGUUUUGUACAUUUUGAUUUUCGAGCACUAUUUUUAAUUUUUUAAAGUUAGAUCACAAUUUUAUUUGUUUUUGUGCUAAAUUGUGUUCAAUAUUAGUUGUUCUUACGUUCGCAAUACGGUAGCAGCGCGGAAAAGAAGAUGGUUAUAUCGGCAGACCACGAGCGCAAUGGAAUUGCCGAUUUCUUUACCCAAACCGAUCCAGAGGUUCGAAAAGUUACUCUGACAAUAGGAAAUAUCAUCUCUAAAAAUACCAUUAAAGAGAUCACCCUUGAAAAAUCACUCAAUGUCAUGUUGGAAAAUUGUCGCGAUGCCGCCUCAUUGUUAUCGAAGAACAUCGUGAAACCGGAGUUCAUUUUCAAAUACCUGCAAAGUUAUAACGUACAACUACCGCCAGAAAGUACAAAAUCUAGUCUGAUAAAGCAGUGCCUCCAUUUCUGGCGGGUUAAAUAUGGAGCACCAGCAGAAGGUACAUCCAGCUCCGAUCCGCUAGCGGCCAUCCUUCCGUCUACCUCAGCGGAAUCCAGCUCGUCCAAUAGCACUAAACAAAAUGUCGGUAAUCUGAAAAAUCUCGUCGCAACGGGUGGACCAAUGGGCAAUAACACAAACGGGCCUGGAUACGAGACCACUGAACCGGGACUGGAGCAGUACCCGGUAAAUCUGUUGGCGUUAGAUUACUCAAUCUGGUUUUUUCUUAAAUGGAACCGUAACUCACUUGAUGAGAGUGCAUUUUGGCCGAAUGCAGUUUGCUCAGUAAUGCUCGAAAUCAGUGAAUCCCAGCAAGGGGUAGAGGAAGUCCGAGGGCAAAAGGACAUUAUCAAUUUAAUUUUAAGCUUAAAGUUUCAAUACAACUUCCAGUUCGUACCAAACAUCAUGUUCGAUGGCUGUCAGGGACGAAUUACGCAAACCGGAGUGCUAGUACUGACCGUCGGUGUGGUGUACACCAACCGAAUAGGACCGGAUAACCGACAAACUAGUCUAGGGGAGUUUGAAAGUAUGAUUGGACUGCGGAGGGAUCCGCAAGAAAACAAUAAUUGGAAGAUUACCAUGCUUAAACUGUAUAUACGAUAUAAGCCUGUGGAUAAUUUACCUGCGCUGGCCAACAGUAAAAUGCUUACCGAAUGUUUGCUGAUUCCACUUAGUCUGGAUAGCGUCUGAGUGCCUCGGAGAGAUAUUGUCAACUUAGUGGUAUCGGGGUGCAGUAAAAUAAAAAUCAAAAAAGUGAGUCGAAACGAAUUUAAACCAAGUUUGAAAGGAAUGUAAGUCGACAAUAAAUUUUGUGAUCAUGAACUAA